AGAAGGCGAUCCAAGAAUCGAGAGAGAGAGAGAGAGAGAGAGAGAGAGAGAGAGAGAGAGAGAGAGAGAGACCAUGAGCUUUUUGGCUGGGAGAUUGGCGGCGAAGGAGGGUUCUUUCUUCCUACAGGAAUCGAAGCUCGCCGCCGGCCGCCUGGCUGAGAAGCUUACCCCCUCCACCUCCGGCGAAUCGUGCUCCAAUACCUCCACCGUUGUCAUCGAAGAAUCCGCAAAUAUUCUCCCUGAAAUCCUCCGCCACUCUAUUCCCAUUAAGGCCAACACCGCAGCUGUCGCUGAGCCCUCUCUCUCCACCGCCUCCAAAUGGUUGCUUAAGGAUUCACGUCACUCUCCCUCCUCCUCCAUCACCUCCGAUGACCUAAACCCACUCCGCGCCUACGUUUCUCUCCCUCAGGCCACCUUUGGCCCGAGGAGAUGGGAAAUUCCAAACGAGCAAACCACUUUCUUAGCAUCGACUGCGAAUGAAUUGAGGCGUGAUAGAUAUUCUGCCAUUAACCCUGAUAAAUUGAAGGAAGUUGCAAAAGGAUAUUCAGAAAUUGGCAAGGCAUUCGCUGCGGCGACAAUAAUUGUUUUUGGUGGCGCUACUACAUUGCUUGUUUACACUGCUCGUAAGCUCCGGAUUGAAAGUGCAGAUGAUAUUCGGAGCAAAGGAAGGGAACUGAUUCAGCCACGAGUUGAUACGAUUAGGGAGCAAUUAGCACCAUUGAGAUCUUGGGUAGAAAAGAUCACAGAGAAAUGGCAUGUACAUGGAGAGGGUAAAAUUAAAGAGAAACCCAUUGUCAAAGAAUUUUCAAAGGUAUUUAGUUCAAAUUCAUCGAAUUAAAUCAUUCAAUGAGGUAAUGAUUUGU